AUGAUUUUGCAAUUUAGCAAUCACUCAUCCUGUCCCUGUCUCUUCCAGAUGUCUGUUUGGUGGCAGGUUCUGUUUCUCCAGUUUUUCCUUACCCUGAGCUGUGUGUACCCAUGUUGUGCAUCCCCUCCAGGCCUACUCAAGUCCUACUCAUACUCCCUCAAAUCCAUCAGAUGCACCCACACUCGGGUACAGCAGCUGCUCAAGAGAUAUAAGGAGGAGCAGUUGGAUAACAAGCAGUUUGAGGACAGAAGUCUGGAGUGGCAGACCCUACCCUCCCUCUCCACAGACUUCUACCACUGGCUUCAGAUGAAGGACUGGGAGCGUCUGAGUGCUGCCUCUCAAGACCUGCACACCUUCUGGGCUCACCUGGACAUGAAGAGAAGGGAGAUAGAGAGGGAGGAGGUUGGACAGGGGGCAGCCCACAGGAUGGGGAGCAGGGGCAAGCCAAAACCCAGCAUACCUGAGAGAAUACAGCACAUUCUGACAGACCUGCGGGAUCUCAUGACAAAAGUCAACUUUCAGUUGAGAUGUGUGAACAGCUCCAAUGUGAGCCCCACCUCUCCCCCUGCCCUGACCCGUGCAGUGAGCCCUCCCUCCAGCCACCAGGCCCCAUCAAAGUCCCUGUGGACCAGCCGCCUGGAGGGCUACGUCAUCCUCAGGGACCUGGAGCGCUACCUCACCAAGCUGGCCAGAGACUUCAUCCUCCUGAAGACCAAACACAGAGGUCCUCCAGGUACCUAGCCCAGGGGCAGAUACACAUGGUAUGCAUGGAUUCAUAUUCAUAAUGCAAACUAGUACUGCACAAGCCUGUGACGGGUUGUGGUUAGAGUGGCUUUUAACUUAUUUUGUGGACUAGGGACAAUGUUGGAUGUGAGAAUUUACAAAUUGUAGUAUUAUGAAUUAUAACACAACAGUAUUUUAUGUAGUCAAUGCACACAGUUUAUUUCAGAAGUAACAAGGCAGCUAAUAACACCAAUAAUAAUUAUAUUAGUAUUAUUCAUUAUGAUGAUAAUAAUCAGCUUUAUUAUAAGUUGAUAAUAAUGAUAUAUUUCAUUCAGUAUUACUAUGACAGAAAUACAGUACUGUGACUCAAUAUUGCCAAGUGAUGUCAAUACCUGCUGUUGUUAUUUCAACUGCAUUAAUGAUAGGGUUCAAUUAAUCAAUAAGGCCCAAGGGGGUGUGGUAUAUGGCCCUAUAUACCAAUGAUAAGGGCUGUUCUUAGGCAUGAUGCAUCCCAGAGUGGCUGGAUACAGCCCUUAGCUGUGGUAUAUUGCCCAUAUACCACAAACCUCAGAGGUGCCUUAUUGCUAUUAUAAACUGGUUACCAACGUAAUUAGAACAGAAAACAAGUAGUUUUGCGUCAUACCCAUGGUAUAUUGUCUGAUAUACUACGGCUUUUCCGCCAAUCAGCAUCCAGGAGCCAAACUACCUGGUUUAUAAUUUCUAGUAUUCCCUAAGAUCAUGAUUUCUCAUUGUUGUGAGAUGCUCGGUUGACUUUGUUACACUGAAACCAAGUUUACACAUA